GAUUGUUUGCGCCCAAGCGAGUUUUAAGUGCCAUGAAAAUUACAAAAAAUUAUGCAAAAUAAAUAAAUUAAUGUGCCUUGAACCUAAAGUGACCAGCAAAAAAUAUAUUUAAUUUCAAUACACAUAUAUAAAGGCCAAUAUUCCAUUUCGCGCGCUUCGCAUUGAUGCUAAAAAUUCUGCUUAAAUGCAUACGGAUAUUAUAAUUGGUGAACAAUUUGCCGCCAACAACAACUACUGGGUGAUGCAGUCGCCGGAACUGGAUUAUCGGCACGAGCUGAUGGGACGUCUGCAUAAGAUCGAGCCAGCUGAUGUCGAACUGGAAGUGCUAGCGGCAGCUGCUGCUGCCAGCAACAACAACAACAACAGCAACACUAAUAACAACAACAAUCAGCAUCAUCAUCAUCAGUUUCAUCAUCAUCACCUGCACUCGCAUCAUCAUUCGCAUCAUCAUCAGCAUCAUCAUCAUCAGCAGCAGCAGCAGCAGCAUUUGCAUCACAGUCUGCAAAGCGGCGAGAGCGGCGCUGCCUCCGCCAUCGAUGCCUGGCAACUAGCAACAGCCGCCAGCUAUGCCAGCGAUCAGUCCCAACAGCAGCAACAACAACCCGCCGGCUCGCCUAAUUCCAACUCAAAUUCCGCCUAUGGCUGUGCCGCAGCCACACUCUACGAUGGAGCGCCCUACGAUGUGGCUCUGGGCUAUGGGGGAGCUGCCACAGCGACGGCAGCAACAACAACAACAACAGCAACGAGCGGCAAUGCUGGCGCAGGGGCAGGCGGCAGCACAGCGGGUAGCAGUGCCGACAAGGAGUAUUUGUAUGAAACCAAAAACAAAGAGUCGCUCUUCGCGGAUCCAUUGGACGAUCCGUAUCAGCGGCCGCUGGUCUGGGACGAUAUAACCACCUCAAUACAGAAUAUUGAUCCAGAGAAUGCGCUCAUGCUGGCCAAUGGCAGCGACAAUGCAACAGUAGCAGCAGCAACACAACAGCAGCAGCAGCAACAGUUGCUGCCACAGGUCAAAAUGGAAGCAAUAGACGAAACUUUGCUCGAAACUUUCUCGACACCAAUGCUCAGUCCCAUGGAGAUUAAAACUGAAAAGCGACAACAGCAGCAGCAGCAACAACAACAGCAGCACCAGCAGCAGCAACACCAGCAGCAGCAGCAGCAAUACCAGCAGCAGCAGCAGCAACAACAACACUAUCAGCAACAUUAUCAGCAGCAGCAGCAGCAACAACAUUUGUACCAGCAUCAUCCUAGCCUGGCUGGACUGCCUGCUGAUGUGGUCGAGCUGCAGCAAUUGCAUCAGCAUAGCGGCAGCAACAGUCCCAAACUGGCAGCCAGCGACAACAACAACAGCAGCAGCAGCAGCAACAACAACUAUCAGCAACAAUACGCAACAGGCGCUGGCUAUCUAAACAGUAGCAACAACAUUGCUGUUGGGGUCAGCAGCAGCAGCAGCAGCGUUGUCAACAGCAGCAGCAGCAGCAACAGCUACGGCUACAGCUGGCACAGCAGCAAUCAGACCUUUCACACCAAAUACCAAAUACACCCGCCAUCAGCCAGCAAUACUGCCACGCCCACAGCUCAACUUGCGCUGCAGCAGCAGCAGCAACCACAGCAGCAACAGCAGCAGCUGCAGCUUUGCCCGCCCGCCGCGCCCAGCACGCCCUCGGCCAGCAGCUCGGCGGGCAGCGCCUCCUCCGCCUCGAGCUCCAGUUCCACGCGUCACAUGUUCGUGCCGCCACUCACGCCGCCCAGCUCCGAUCCAGGCAGUCCAGGCGCCUCCAUGGUCGCUGCCGCCGCCGCCGUUGCUCAGGCCCAGCGACGCAGCACUCCGCCGCCGCCUUAUCAACAGGGUCAUGCCCUGGGCGGCCUAUGCCCCAGUCUGGUCAACACGCCGCCCACGCUGCAGCUGCUCGGCGCUGCCACGCCCACCACGACGCUCACCACACUCACGCCCGCCGUACAGCAGCAACAACAACAGCCCGCGCCACCGCCGCCGCCGCCAGCAGCGAACAGCGGACGACGCGGUCGCCACUCGCAUCAUCAGCCCGGCACACCCGCCCACAUUGCCAGCCUCAUGAGCGUGCGCACUGUGCGCUACAAUCGGCGCAACAAUCCGGAGCUGGAGAAGCGGCGCAUACAUCACUGUGAUUUUGUGGGUUGUACUAAAGUCUAUACGAAGAGCUCGCAUCUGAAGGCGCAUCAAAGAAUCCACACGGGUGAAAAGCCAUACACCUGCCAGUGGCCGGAAUGCGAAUGGCGCUUCGCUCGCUCCGAUGAACUGACGCGACACUAUCGCAAACACACUGGCGCCAAGCCCUUCAAGUGCAUCGUCUGCGAGCGGAGCUUUGCACGCAGCGAUCAUUUGGCGCUGCAUAUGAAACGUCACUUGCCCAAGAACAAGUGAUGAGCGAGCGAGCGAACAGCAACAACUACAAAUAUCAACUAUAUCACAAUCCAAAGGACUUAAUUUAAGGCUAACCAUAACGAUAUAAAAAAUGCAAAAAAAGAAUUAGUUAAAUGGUUACUACUACUAUAUAUAUAAAUUAUAAACUACAGCGUUGGAUCUGCGGCGGCCUUUGAAGCCAACUGUGCCUUUUUAACAGCGUUAAACUAAAUCUGUGCCUUUUGUAAAUCAUCAACAGUUUAGUUAGCUACACACACACAUCAAAUAUAUACACACUCUCUACUAACUUAAGCAUAAAACUAAAUUUAAGUAAAUGAAAUUUCCACCUGCUUUGCUACUUACGCACACACUGCUAACUAAAUUGACAACCACAUUUCAUAACUUACCUUUUAAUUUAGUUCAUAUCGUUCCAAAGAGCAUUGUUCUGUGCAAUCUCUCCCGUGUAUUAAAAGUGCAUAUAUGUAACUUUAAUUAACAGCUAGACAUACUAUAUACACCUAAUUCAAUGCUAAGUUGUAGGACAACAUUAAUGCCAUGUGUCAUUUCGUCGCCUAGUUUAGCUGUAUAAUUGCCCCUAGCCAUGUAAUUUAGCAUGUUAGCAUAACUCUAAACAAUUACAUUACAAUUACAAUUACAAUUAUAUAUGCGUGUAUAUAUAUCUUAUACUUAGUAGUUGGUUACUAGCUAGUGUAUGGCUCCAUGUAUGUAAACCCUAUACGUGUGUCCUCUAUAUCGUUUCUAAACACCAAAAAGUGCUGGCACAACAACAUCAUCAAAUAAUAAACAUGUUUUUGAAAAACCAAUUGCUUUAACUAUUUAUUUAUUGCUAUGCUUCAAUUCAAUUACAAAUUUUAUUGCAGUCCUACUUGUUGUUGCAUGUUAAACUAUGAAAAGCUGUAGCUUAACGACAAC